AUGCAGUUGCAGCAUCAACAACAACAACAACAACAACAACAGCAACUUCUUCAGCAACAGCAGCCGCAUCUGGCACCAAAUGCAAGACAUCAUCAGCAUCCAGUGAGUCAUCCAAAUCACACUAUGACUAUGAAUCGAAAAAUGAUUGAGCAAAGUCACUAUAGCGAAGAUAAUCCGCCGCCACUGCCGCCUCUACGCAAUCCACAGAAAGCUCUAGACACAGUUCAAGCAAUACCAAGUCUGAACGACAGUUCCGUGAAUGAGCGAGAUAAGCAAAUAUACAUUUGUUCCACUUUAAAAAAUCCAAACAAUCACAAAACGAACAAUAAUACUCAUAGCAGUAAUAGCAGUAACGUCAAUAACAGUCAAACAAACACAAACUCUAGCAGUAAUCACAACAAUGGGAACAACCCAUAUGGUACAAUGAAAUCAGCUACCAAUACCGUUAAAAAUCAAACCACGUUCAAUUCAACACCAUCAACUACAACAAAGCCACUACCAUCGAUUAUUAACACACCAUUACCGGCUAUUCCAAAAAAUGCCCAGCCAUUGGGCCCAAAAGACGAAAUUUAUGUUAAACGUAAGUUGAUAGACCAAAAUAGUAAGUUUGCAACAUUGAAAGCGAUUCCCCUACCAAAAAUAGAGGCACUUGAAAUUGAAGCUCAAAAGAAAAAAACUGCCCAACUGGCACAACAGCAACAUCAGUCCACUGGUACAGCGAACGGAGAUGCGACUAGCACCCAACACAACUUACCGCCACCUCCCGUGACAACAGCCAUGAAUGCCAUGACCGCAACCCAAAUCCAAUCUCUACCCCUACCACUACCGCCGCCUGAAUUAAUAGAAGAGGAACCAUUGCCUCCACCACCACCACCGGUUGAUCACGAUGGACAAAUCGUCGAUCACGAUGAUUCCACAAAUAUGAACAAUACCAAAGGCGACACUAAAGAGGUGAUCUACGCUACUAAAACAAUUACUAAUACUCAUGCAAAUGGCGCAUCAAAUGGCAACAACAGCGGAACGGUUGGAAACGCCGCUACGAACCCAACGAAUACGAACAACAAUAGUGAUGAAAGUAGUUUCUAUGCAGUUACUGAACUUUAA